AAUACGAAGUAUCAUUAGAAUUAUUCCCUUACUUACCGUCUUAUCAUUUCACAAAAUUGUCUAUUACAGUACGUACUUCUACUGUUCUACAGCACAAUUUCGCAUCCGACUGCACGCGAGUGGAGUUGGAAGGAGUCAGCUGAUACUGAUAAAGUUUGGUUUGUGUUCAUUUGUUUUGGUUUUCAGCGUUUUCUUCGCUUACGUCCAUAUUAUUCCCGACGAAGCGUGCGAUUAGAUAAUAUUCAUCAAAGUUGCUAUGACAGAUCUUUCUUCCAAAAAUUUUGUGGAUUUCUCGGUACUGUAUACUGGCAUGAUUAGUUUGAACUCUGUAGUAUUCGGGUCUCCGAUCGAGCAACGAACUGUGCGACACCGUUUUGUUUUGUUUUCUCCAUUGCUCAAGGCUCGGAAACCAACGAUUCCUCGUUCCUGCUCCGUUCGAGUUGCUUGUGCAGUUUGCAGCUCUCGGUUUAAUAUUCCUUUUUUUAACUUUGGUGUCGAACUGAGCAGACAGCAUGGAGGAUGUUCGAGAUGAUGAGCCGUUGUUGGACGAUGCGGAACAGAAUUUGUGCAGCCAUGCUGAAGAAAAUCCUUUGACAGAGACACCUGUUUUUCUCGAAGCGGAUCUCGGCAGAUUAUUUGAGGACAUAUUGGAAAGACUCGGCGGAUUUGGUCGCUAUCAGAAAUGCAUAAUAUUUCUUGUGGUACUUCCCAUGUUUUUCGCAUCAGCGUUUAUGCAGUCUUCAUGGCUGUUUGUUUCCGCUAUGCCAACGGAUCACUGGUGUCAUAUUCCGCUGCACAACUUAACGUUUGCGGAGGAACGACAGCUUCUUCCCUUGGAAAAAAAUGACGACGACACCGUCAAGCAUUCCACCUGUAAAAUGUAUGAUCUGAAUUACACGGACAUUCUGGAGAAAGAGGGCAGCAUAGAAGGAGUGAUACGAUACAUCAACACAUCCCACACCCAUCUAAACACAACUCACUGCCGACACGGCUGGACUUUUGACCGUCACAAUAGUGACACCAGCCUGAUCACGGAAUUUUUACUGGUAUGCGGCGCAGCAUUUCUGCCCACCCUGGCCUAUAUUUUGACUUCUACGGGCGGGGUACUGGGCAUUCCUUUGGGCGGUUAUUUCAGUGAUCACUAUGGACGAAAACGAUCAUUUUUUGUGUUUUUACUGUUAUACGUGUUGCUGGGUGUGGGCUCUUGUUUUGCACCGAAUUUCAUCGCCUUCGUCGUGAUAGCGUGUGUACAGAAUAUAUUUACUAACCCCUGUUAUAUCCUGCCUUAUAUGGUGGGCAUUGAAAUUCUCACGCCCGGAAUCCGUUCGACGUUUUCCGUCCUUCUGACUGUUGCAUUUACGUUGGGAGGUGUGGCUUUUACCGCGGUAGCCUAUUUUAUCCGGCACUGGCGGUAUUUGAUAUUCGCUUCCACGGCGCCAUUCUUUUUGUUCCUCGGUUACUGGUUUGUCAUGCCGGAAUCCCCUCGGUGGUUGUUAUCGAUUGGACAGUUUUCUGAAACGGAAAAGUUCCUCCGCAAAGUGGCGAAAGCCAAUGGCAAAAUCUAUGACGAAGAAUGUGAAGCGAAAUACAGCGAACUCCAAGAGCUGUACGCAGAAAAGAAGCGAUUAUCCUCUGGAAUGAAUCCCAAGAAGACUUCCUGGCUUGAUCUUCUGAAAUAUCCUAAUUUGCGGAAAAAGACUUUGGUUUUGACCUAUCUCAGCUGCGCCGUCAACGUAAUAUAUACAGGGCUGAAUUAUUAUGCUCCUGCGCUUGGUGAAAAUCCAUACCUCAGUUUUUUGUUGGUUGGAUUAGUGGAGCUGCCGGGAUCAUUGUUCACUCAGUUAAUUGCCGACCGUCUCGGACGACGCUUGACCAUGAUUGUGUGUUUUGUGGCCGGAACUGCUUCUUGUAUCGCAACUGUUGCGAUACCGUCCCAGGGCAGUUCGACGUGGCCGAUACUGCUCACCUUGUUUUUAGUCGCCAAAUUAUUUGUCACUUCUGCGUACACCGUACAAGAACUUAUGGUUUAUGAACUUUUUCCAACAGUACUGCGCGGUGAAGGUGUGGCACUGACAAAUAUCGUGGGUUACUUCGUCAGCAAUUUCGGACCCGUUAUUGUGUAUCUCCGUUUCAAUGGCGCAGCAUUUCCGAUGAUAGUGUUUGGAUGUUUGUCGGCUAUCGGAAUUUUUGCAACUAUGAUUUUGCCGGAGACACUGAAUUGUCCACUGCCGGAGACCAUCCCGGAAGCCGAAAAUUUUGGAAAGCUUACUAACGUUCGAGAUGUUUUUCGUAUUGGGCGUAGGAGCCCAAAUGUCCCCGCUACACAAGAUCUGUCCAAGAGGUGGUUGCCUGUUCUCACCCUGGUCAGUAUCGUUCUGAUUCUCCGGCCGACGUCUGAUGUGGAACUUCCUUGUCCGGCAAUCAGAAGCCUGGAGAAAUGACCGCGGUACCGAUUCUGAUGGGACUGGAUGCAGCGCCACACGCCGCGGAGUAAAGAGAUCAUUAUACCGUUGAACAGCUGCCAUGAGGAGCGAUUGGGCAGUAACCGCUGACCGAGUGUUUGAGAAAGAAAACUUAGGCUUUCUGGAAAAGCCAGAUGCAGAUGGCGUAGGAGAAUGAUCUGCAGCCAACAGAUACCAUGACAUUAAAUACUGCAGCUCCAGUGAAUGUGCAGGAUGCGUAACUGCGAAAAACAUGUAAACUGUCAACAAAAACUUCAAGCACCUGAAGCUAGUCCUGACCAAUCGUUUUCUUCGGAAUUUUCGCCACCGUCCACAUCGAAUUUAGCAUCAUCCCAUCGAGUGCGCGCUUGUUCUAAAGUGGAUUCAUAUCGGCAUUCUACUUC